UCGCCGUACUUGUGCACUGUGUCACUCUGUGUGUAUGCGGAAGUUUCUGUUUACUUCUUGUGAGUUUGUCCAAAGAAAGCAGCAGCUUGUAAAUAAUCUCACAGCUCUCGGUUUUAGUGAAGUUUUUUUUUUAAAGGAACGAUGGAUCUAAAUCAGGAGUCUGUUAAAAAGAUUCUCUUUAAGUACAAAUUUCACGAUGUUGCCAUUGGGGAAUUACAGAAAAUCCAAGUGAAAUACCCAGACAUGAAAACAGUAACAGGAACUUACACAUUUACUGACAGUUCUCAGAAGGAACUGCUGAAGUUAUUGGGAACCAUUCCUGUCAAAUACCAAGGACGUUCUUACAACUUGCCUAUUCAGUUGUGGCUGUUGGAUUCGUUCCCCUUCACACCACCUAUCUGCCUUCUUCGCCCAACAGCCAACAUGGUGAUCAGAGAGGGCAAACAUGUGGAUGCCAAGGGUCGGAUCUACCUCCCUGCACUGCACAACUGGGACCAUCCCAAGUCAUCUGUAAUAGUGCUGUUGGAGGAGAUGAUUGCUAAGUUUGAAGAGGAUCCUCCUCUGUCCACAAAGUCUACAGGAGAUGAAAAAGACCCCAAUGAGCUGCUUGCAAUGGUUUCACAUCUAAACAUUACUGAAGGUGGAAGUCAGCCAGAGCAGAGUGUAAAUAAAAUCUCUGUGAUUGGAGGAGGAGACUUGGGCAUGGCUGCUGUGUUGAGUAUAAUGGCAAAAGGUUUUGUGGACAAACUGGUUUUAAUUGACAUACCAGAGAGUUCAACGAAAGGAGGCACCAUGGACUUGGAGCUGUUCAGCCUGCCGAAGGUGGAAGUCUCGAAAGAUCUGUCAGACUCAGCCGGUUCUAAGGUGGUGGUGGUUACUGCAAACGCUUGGAAUAAUGAGCAAUCAUUUGUGAGUGUGGUUCAGACUAACGUGGAUCUCUAUGGGAAGAUCAUCUCGAGUCUUACUCGCCUCAGUCCCAAUGCAGUGCUGCUUAUCGCCUCUCAGCCCGUGGAGAUUAUGACCCAUGUGGCAUGGAGACAGAGUCGUCUGCCACCUACGCAUGUGAUCGGUGUAGGCUGUAACCUGGAGUCCGAGAGGCUCUCUUACAUCCUCAACGUUGCAAUCCUAGCCAACAGCACAAACAAAAAAGCCUGGGUCAUAGGAGAGCAGACUGGCAACAAGGCUGCUGUCUGGGCUAAUGUAAGUGGGGACAAACACCAAGUGUUAGUCCCAGCGUCCAAGUCCACAAGACCACUGAUAGACAGAGCGUUUGAGAUAUUGAAGGGGAAAGGUCAGAGGUCCUGGUCAAUGGGGUUGUCCAUCGCUGACAUCACACACUCCAUUCUUACAGACCAGCAUAAAACACACUCCAUCACUACUCUGGCUCAGGGAUGGGGAGGUAUCGGCUCGGAGGUGUUCCUCAGCUUGCCCUGUGUGUUAGGAACUAACGGAUCCACCCGUCUGGCAGGUGUCGCACUCGGUACAGAUGAUGAUGCCAAGCUGAAAGAGAGUGUCUCGUCUCUGAACAACCUCAUCACGCAGCUGAGGAUUUAGCUCUAAAAUCCUCUCAGAUCCCAGCAAAGACUUACAACGCCAUCAGCAGCAUAGUAACAGUAACAGAAAAUC